GAUGCGGUGGCCACUGCUCUGGCUGCCGCUCCUGGCCGCCCUGCCCAGGGGCGCGACGCGCGGGGAGGAGGCGGCGGCGCAGCUCCCAGAGGAAGGAGUGUCACUUCCAAGGUGUAAAACUUUGAAGGAAAUGGAUGUAAUUAAAACUUCUGAGGUAAAAUGCUUCUGCCACCAUCAAAAUUUACAACUGGAAUGGAAGUACGUUUGGUCAACUCUGCAGGUGGACAUUACCAGUUCGGGUCUGUUCAGUAUUGUUUACAUCACCGAAAACCAUAAUUGCCAGUAUCCAGAGACCCUUCUAUCUUUCAUCAGAUGUGUGAUUCAUAAAUUUUGGAUGCCAAAGGAAUCUAAUGAAAUAACCAUGAUUAUCAAUCCAUAUGGGGAGACCGUGUGCUUCUCAGUGAAGCCUGUCUGGAAGGAACUGGUCUAUAGAGUCAGUGUGACUCGAAACAUUGUGGAUUUCAAACUCUUCCUUGUGUUUGUGGUGGGUGUUUUCAUCUUCCUUUAUGCAAGGACUUUGAGUCAAAGCCCUGUUUUCUAUUAUGCUUCGGGGACUCUACUAGGUAUUCUCAUGACGUUAGUCUUUGUGCUGCUGCUGGUAAAGAGGUUCAUUCCUAAGUAUAGCACCUUUGGGGCUCUAAUGAUUGGUUGUUGGUUUGCUUCAGUUUAUGUUGUGUGCCAAUUGAUGGAAGACCUGAAGUGGCUGUUUUAUGAAUACAGAAUAUAUUUAUUAGGCUAUGUCUUGACUGUUGGAUUCCUCAGCUUCGCAGUGUGUUACAAACAUGGGCCACUUGUGGAUGCGAAGAACAUAAACCUUCUGACCUGGACACUGCGGCUCCUCUCCUUGCUUCUGAUCUAUGGGGGCUUUUCUGCACCCCUGUUUGCCCUCUUGGCUGUGGGCUUCUUGCUGUUGGCCAGGGGCCUGCGCUACCCAUGGAAUGCCAUCAGUCACCUGAGGAGGAAAAUGAAGAUGUGGAUGGCAUCCAAGAAACCACAGGUGAAGUUGCUGACGGAGGAUGAGUACCGGGAGCAGGCGGACGCCGAGACUAGCCGCGCUCUGGAGGAGUUGCGCAGGGCCUGCCAGCGGCCCGACUUCCCCUCCUGGCUGGCCAUCUCCAGACUGCAGGCUCCCAAAAAGUUUGCAGACUUUGUUCUCGGAGGAAACCACGUGUCUCCUGAAGAAAUGAGUCUGCAUGAAGAGCAAUAUGGCCUUGGGGGCGCCUUCCUGGAGGAUCAGCUCUUUAACCUGCAGACCGCCUGACACCCACCCGAGCUGGACUUCAUGCUGGAUUAGGCAGGAGCUGCUGGAGCCACUUGCCUUGAGCACUCGGCAUCAAGGGAGUUGUGCUGACCUAAAUCUAAGGGGCCAGUGAGCCUGAAUGGGCCCCUUGUCAACAGCAGGGUGUCUGUCUCAGUCCUUAGAACUUUUGCCAAGAGCGUGGGCAUUGCAGGGCCUCCACGCUCCCCGUCCAAGUGCCCAGAGCUAUGGAAUAGGCACUGAGCAGUGUCUCCAGAAGUUAAGCCCACGGGACACUCGUAAGAGUGGAGCCAGUACAAGAUUUCUCAGCGCCGCAAGUGAUGCGGGUACACACUGUGAAUCUCCCAGAGGAGAAAUUGU